CCUCGACCUCCCCUGCAACACCCAGCAAACCAAGCUCAGUGAGUGAGUGAGCACGCAAGCCAGUGUUUGUAGCCAGCAGCCACAAUGGCCGGGAACAUGCUAGCCAACUAUGUCCAAGUCUACGUUAUGCUCCCGCUGGAUGUCGUGAGCGUCGACAACAAGUUCGAGAAGGGCGACGAGAUCAGGGCGCAGCUGAAGAAGCUGACGGAGGCCGGCGUGGACGGCGUCAUGAUAGACGUCUGGUGGGGGCUGGUGGAGGGCAAGGGCCCCAAGGCGUACGACUGGAGCGCCUACAAGCAGGUCUUCGACCUGGUGCACGAGGCCGGGCUCAAGCUGCAGGCCAUCAUGUCGUUCCACCAGUGCGGUGGCAACGUCGGCGACGUCGUCAACAUCCCCAUCCCACAGUGGGUGCGCGACGUCGGAGCCACCGACCCUGACAUUUUCUACACCAACCGCGGCGGGACGAGGAACAUCGAGUACCUCACCCUUGGAGUGGAUGACCAGCCUCUCUUCCAUGGAAGAACAGCCGUCCAGAUGUAUGCUGAUUACAUGACGAGCUUCAGGGAAAACAUGAAAAAGUUCUUGGAUGCUGGUACCAUCGUGGACAUUGAAGUGGGACUUGGCCCAGCUGGAGAGAUGAGGUACCCAUCCUAUCCUCAGAGCCAGGGAUGGGUCUUCCCGGGCAUCGGAGAAUUCAUCUGUUAUGAUAAGUACCUGGAAGCAGACUUCAAAGCAGCAGCGGCAAAGGCUGGCCAUCCUGAGUGGGAAUUGCCUGACGAUGCUGGAGAGUACAACGACACUCCCGAGAAAACCCAAUUCUUCAAGGACAACGGAACAUACCUCACCGAGAAGGGGAAGUUUUUCCUGUCAUGGUACUCCAACAAACUGAUCAAGCACGGUGACAAGAUCUUGGACGAAGCAAACAAGGUCUUCUUGGGAUGCAGGGUGCAGCUGGCAAUCAAAAUCUCUGGCAUUCACUGGUGGUACAGGGUUCCAAACCAUGCAGCCGAGCUCACAGCCGGGUACUACAACUUAGAUGACAGAGACGGCUACAGAACCAUAGCACGCAUGCUCACAAGGCAUCAUGCUAGCAUGAACUUCACUUGUGCAGAGAUGAGGGACUCAGAGCAAAGCGAAGAGGCGAAGAGCGCACCAGAAGAACUAGUCCAACAGGUGCUGAGUGCUGGAUGGAGAGAGGGUUUACAUGUGGCGUGCGAAAACGCACUCGGUCGAUAUGAUGCCACUGCUUACAACACAAUACUCAGGAAUGCGAGGCCGAAAGGCAUCAACAAGAAUGGCCCUCCUGAGCACAAACUGUUUGGAUUCACCUACCUCCGGUUAUCGAAUGAGCUACUGGAGGGACAGAACUAUGCCACUUUCCAAACUUUUGUUGAGAAAAUGCAUGCUAACCUGGGUCAUGACCCAAGUGUUGAUCCAGUGGCGCCUUUGGAAAGAUCAAAGCCAGAAAUGCCAAUUGAAAUGAUCCUGAAAGCAGCGCAGCCAAAACUGGAGCCAUUCCCCUUUGAUAAGAACACCGACCUGCCAGUUAAAGAUCACACUGAUGUCGGGGAUGAGGUGCUCGUUGCCCCUGUGUAGAAAUCUUUCUCUAUCUUCAUAAAAUAAUGUGCAUCACUGAUGCAGUCUACGAGAGGGUCAAGACGUGCUUUGUGAGAAUUGAGGUGCACAGGAAAUAAGCCGCCGAGGAUAAAUAAACUGUGUACUACAAUGUUAUAGCCAUAUAGUCUGGCAAUACUAUUGUACUGGUAAUCAUGAGGUUGUAUGCUUUUUCGAUGAGCUGCAGUUCAUCGGAACUCCGUCCCACUUUGCUGUGUGUAUUUGAUUGAACAAAUAAAACAGUUUGUGCUUA